CAGAUUAAUAUUACAAUUAGAAGCUUGUAUCUUUUGCUGGAUAUUGGAAAUUGAAUGUAAUGGCAUCAGAAUUUAUAAAGAGUUGCUGUAAAGGAUGUUUCUAUGGUGAAACAGAAAAGCACAACUUUUCCGUGGAAAGAGAUUUUAAAGCAACAGUCUCAAAUAGUCAAAAUACGACUAUCUGUACACCUCCAUUGACUUCUGUUUCUAUAAAGCCUCAGGUUGGCUGUACUGAGGAUUAUUUACUUUCCAAAUUACCAUCUGAUGGCAAAGAAGUACCAUUUGUGGUGCCCAGGUUUCAGUUAUCUUAUGUUCAGCCCAGGACGCAAGGAACUCCUUCACAUCUGGGAGAACUUGAAGGAUCUGCCAGAGCAUCUUUUGGAGAUCGAAAAGUAGAACUUGCCAGUUCCUUCCAGCAUGUACCCAGCUAUGACGUGUAUAACCCAUUCUAUAUGUAUCAGCACCUUUCACCUGAUCUGAGUCGGCGCUUUCCUCCUCGUUCAGAAGCAACGAGACCAUAUGGAUCAGUUUGUGAUUUAAGGCCCAACAAACUUCCCGGUUCCCCUGGGCUGAGCAGGUCUAUGUUUGAUCUUACCAGUUCACCUCAGCGGUUCAUCCAGAGACAUGAUUCAUUGUCCAGUAUGCCCAGUAGUUCUUCGUCAAGGAAAAAUUCUCAGGGGAGUAACAGAAGCCUGGAUACAAUUACUCUAUCAGGAGAUGAAAGAGAAUUUGGGAGAUUGAAUGUGAAAGUGUUUUAUAAUUCUUCAGUAGAACAGAUCUGGAUCACAGUUUUACGGUGCAGAGAUUUAAGUUGGCCCUCUAGUUAUGGAGACACUCCUACUAUUUCUAUAAAAGGAAUACUAACAUUACCCAAACCAGUGCAUUUCAGAUCUUCAGCCAAGGAGGCCUCCAGUACUAUUGAAUAUAUGGAAACUUUUGUAUUUGCCAUUAAACUCCAAAAUCUACAAACUGUAAAGCUUGUAUUUAAGAUUCAAACCCAGACUCCCAGGAAGAAAACCAUUGGAGAAUGCUCACUAUCACUCAGAACUCUUAGCACACAGGAAAUGGAUUACUCUUUGGAAAUAACACCACUUUCAAAAAUUUCUGUUUGCCGUGCAGAACUUGAAUUGGGAACUUGUUUUCAAGCGGUAAAUAGCAGAAUUCAGUUACAGAUUCUUGAGGCACAGUAUCUCCCAAGCUCCUCAACACCUCUGACUUUGAGUUUUUUUGUGAAGGUGGCAAUGUUUAGCUCAGGAGAGUUGAUUUAUAAGAAGAAGACACGCUUACUGAAGGCCUCCAAUGGAAGAGUAAAGUGGGGAGAGACUAUGAUUUUUCCGCUUAUACAGAGUGAAAAAGAGAUUAUUUUUCUCAUUAAGCUUUAUAGUCGAAGCUCUGUAAGAAGACGACACUUUGUGGGGCAGAUUUGGAUAAGUGAAGACAGUAAUAACAUUGAAGCAGUGAACCAGUGGAAAGAGACAGUUACAAAUCCAGAAAAGGUUGUUAUCAAGUGGCACAAAUUAAAUCCAUCUUGAAGACUUCACACAUUCAUUUGGUGAAGAACUUGACAUUCUUUUAGAAGACUUAUGGUUUCAAUUUGCUACCAGUAAGAAGAGACAAAUUAAUACAUUUGUCAAUUCAUUUAUGGAGCCAUAAUUAUAGUAUAUAAUGGAUCUGAUAGAAAAUUAAACUUGAUAAAAAAUGGGAUGAAUUAUAUCAAAUAUCCAAAGUAAAGGGAUUAUUUUAAAACUCUGCCAAAAUAGACAAUAAAUAAAAUGAUAUAGUAUUACUAGCUCAACUAAAUAAAUUAUAAAAUCAAUGAGAAUAUCAACCAUAGAUAGUUCUUGCUAUAUUAUGUUUAUGGGUUUUUUUUAAGCUUUACCUAGAUAUUCAAAAUCUAGUAUAUCAAGUCUCUGUUAGUACUUGUAGACAUUUAGAAGACUUUACCACUGACUGUUUGAGUGCUAGUCAUCAUUGAUUAGAUCUUGACCCUACUGUUUACCCCAUGCUACAUACUUUCUCUCAGAAGCAAAAGUAAAUUGAACCACUUCAACUCUUCUGUAUUUGAGGAAAGUUUGUGACCUGUGUUUAUCAUUUCUUACCUGUAAGGCAUCACAUUGCCACUUUGUAAGAUAUUUAUCUCCAAGAAACUUCAGAUACAGAAAACUACAUUUUGACAAGAAUAAAUGAAAACACCAAAAGGUUGAAGUUUAAUUGGAAACCCAGUAUACACAUAUUUUGCAUGUUUUCCUCCCUCAAAUAUUUUACUCUUUAUUUUAAUUGGGGUUGAAAUAAGAUUAUCAUCCAUAUGGCCCAUCCUAAUUAGCCAAAUUAAAUGAACUUAAAUAACAAAUUCAAUAUUUUUUGAUAAUCACUUCCUUGUUUUUAGUUUUUUAAAUAUAAAUUGUUCUAUAAUCCACAA